ACGCGCCGCGUUUUCUGGCGGACCUCUUUCGCUCCAUCUGAACCCAACUCGUUCCCACCUUUGUUCACCGGGUACGAUCGCUGCGACUGGUCUGGUACACGCACGUAUGACCCAGCACUGUCGCCGCGUGCGAAUUUCGCGGUCGACUGCACCACCAUCGACGUCGACGACACCGCGACAACCUCCUUGAGGGCAAUCGCUGACAUCUCGUCAGGUGGUUUCGCGUACAUCAUCGCCGCGCGCGGUGGCCUCGAGCGGAGGACGUGGACCGGCGUGAAAGCGUGACCGUAAGAGGGAAACGACCGGGGGAACGUCGUGGAUCGUGACGACGCACGCCUCCGUCGCUGCCGGGUGCAAGGUUGACCCAGGUCCAAGGACAGGAUCGAAGGAUGCUGGCCCGAUGCCUAAUUUUCGUCGGUGCAGCCGCAGCAGUGACGUCCGCGAGCGGUCACGGGUUCGACGCGCAUUUACGCGGGCCAAGCUUCGUCAUCGAACCGCCGUCGAGGGUGGAAUUUUCAAAUUCGAGCGGCGCCUGGCUGGACUGCACCGCGACAGGAAGCCCUCCGCCCAACAUCGAUUGGUCGACCGCGGAUGGACAUCCGGUGAACGACGUACCGGGCGUUCGAAGAGUGCUGAGGAAUGGCACGUUGGUCCUUUUGCCGUUUCCGGCCGCUGCGUUCCGUCAGGAUGUUCACAGCGCUGCUUACAGAUGCGUCGCGAGCAAUUCCGUUGGAAGAGUCCUUAGCCGCGACGUCCAGGUCAGGGCAGUGGUGGCUCAGGCAUACAAAGUCGACGUGGAAGUGAUCGGAGGUGCAUCCAGGGGAUGCACAGCGGUAUUGCGAUGCGUCGUUCCCAGCUUCGUGAAAGAUUUGGUACGCGUCGUGUCCUGGUUACAAGAACCCUCGUUUUACAUCUACCCAUCUCUACAAGGAGAUGGAAAGUUUCAUCUGUUGCCCACGGGCGAACUCCUAGUCCACAGUCUGGAAUUCAGCGAUCAGAUACACGGUUACAGGUGUCGAACAAUGCAUCGACUCACUAGACAGGUCGUCGUCAGCUCCGUGGCCAACGUCAGGAUAGCGGAUCACAGAGGGGUGAUGCCUCCGGUGAUUCUUGAAAACUCUGGCGUAGUUCACGUCGCUCAAGAUGAAUCAACGUCAUUAGUUUGCGUGGCGCAGGCCUGCCCCACUCCCGAAUAUCGAUGGUACGCGCAAACCGGUUCCGAGCCAAUGCUGGUACUCUCUGGACCAAGAACUAGACUGCUUGGUUCCGUCCUGGCGUUAGAAGCUGUGACAUUAGAAGAUAGUGGAAUCUAUCGUUGCUCAGCGGCUAAUCCUGGCGGCGAAGCCAGUGCUGAAAUUAGGCUCAUCGUGACAGCCCCGUUGCACGUGGAAGUAACCCCGCCGUUGCUGAGCGUCCAUUUGGGCGGUAAUGCCGAAUUUAGAUGCGAGGUCAGCACGCAUCCACAGGCAGGACCGCACUUUGUUACAUGGUACAAGGACGGACGGCAGCUGCCAGGAACCGGCAGACAAUCAGAAUUAUUGAGGCUCAACGGCAUCGGUCGGGAAGAUCGUGGAAUGUACCAGUGUAUAGUCAGACGAGCGGAAGGCGACACUGCGCAAGCCUCGGCCGAACUUCAACUGGGCGACGCGCCACCAAUGCUGCUGUACUCCUUCAUCGAGCAAACGCUGCAGCCUGGACCUGCCGUAUCCUUGAAAUGCUCUGCAGCAGGAAACCCUACGCCGCAAGUCUCUUGGGCCUUGGAUGGCUUUCCCUUGCCAACCAAUGGAAGGUUCGUCAUAGGUCAAUACGUCACAGUCCACGGUGACGUUAUAUCGCACGUCAAUAUCAGCCACGUGAUGGUGGAGGAUGGAGGGGAAUACUCUUGUACGGCCGAAAAUCGAGCCGGAAAAGUCACUCACGCUGCUCGCCUCAACGUUUAUGGACUUCCAUACAUCCGACUAAUCCCAAAGGUGACCGCGGUGGCUGGCGAGACUCUUCGCCUGAAGUGUCCAGUCGCAGGUUACCCCAUCGAGGAGAUCAAGUGGGAACGAGCUAAUCGCGAGCUGCCGGACGAUCUUCGUCAAAAGGUCCUCUCGGACGGUACUCUGGUGAUCUCGAGCGUGCAGAAGAAGGGCGACGCGGGGGUGUACACGUGCUCGGCGAGGAACAAGCAGGGCCACAGCGCGAGAAGAUCAGGCGACGUGGCAGUGAUCGUUCCUCCCAAAAUUAGCCCAUUCACGGCAGAUCGUGAUCUUCACCUCGGCGAACGAACCACGUUGACUUGCUCGGUGACAAGGGGCGAUCUGCCACUCUCGAUCUCCUGGCUCAAGGACGGACGAUCGAUGGGCCCCUCGGAGCGUGUCAGUGUGACCAAUAUGGACCAGUACAAUAGCAUACUGAUGAUUGAAAGUUUAUCUCCAGAUCACAACGGCAACUACUCGUGCGUGGCCCGUAAUCUGGCCGCAGAGGUAUCGCACACGCAGCGGCUUGUGGUUCAUGUACCCCCUAUUAUUGAGCCAUUUACGUUCCAAGAGGGACUAUCCGAGGGGAUGCGGACGCGGACGGUGUGCGGGGUCGCGGCGGGUGAUCCACCCCUGACCAUAUCCUGGCUAAAAGACGGCCAAACCCCUUUCCCGUUGCCACCGACACUGGCAUCCGUCGCAAACAUCUCCCAACUGGAUCCUUACUCAAGCCUCCUCAGUAUAACGAACCUCGCGGCCGAGCACUCCGGCGACUAUACCUGCGUCGCCGCGAACCCCGCCGCCGAGGUCAGGUACACGGCCAAGCUACAGGUAAAAGUGCCGCCGCGAUGGAUCGUGGAACCCGUGGAUGUUAGCGUGGAAAGGAACAAGCACGUGGCUAUGCAUUGCCAAGCCCAGGGUGUGCCCACACCCACCAUCGUUUGGAAGAAAGCUACGGGAAGCAAAUCCGGUGAAUACGAGGAGUUGCGGGAAAGAGCGUACACGAAAAUUCUGAGUAACGGUACGCUGCUGUUGCAACACGUGAAAGAAGACAGAGAAGGAUUUUACCUUUGUCAAGCCAGCAACGGCAUUGGGAGCGGCAUUGGAAAGGUGGUCCAGUUGAAGGUUAAUUCAUCGCCGUAUUUUGCGGCUCCUUCGAGACUCGUCACUGUGAAAAAGGGCGACACUGCGACGUUGCACUGCGAGGUACACGGUGACACGCCUGUCACUGUCACGUGGCUGAAGGGCGGAAAAAUCGAGUUAAACCCUUCAACGAACUAUCGGGUUACAGUGAAACGGGAGGUAACACCAGACGGCGUGAUAGCGCAGUUACAAAUUUCCUCCGCCGAAGCGUCCGACAGCGGUGCAUACUUUUGCCAGGCGAGCAAUCUUUAUGGUCGCGAUCAGCAGCUGGUGCAACUCCUCGUGCAAGAGCCACCACUGCCGCCAAAUAAUUUGGAAACCGCAAUGGUUGCCAGUCGAAGCAUCAACGUGAAAUGGCAGCAUAAAUCCCAGGACACCAGCGAAGUAACCAAAUAUAUUCUGCAAUACAAAGAAGGCGAUGGUGGAAUGUGGCAACAGCAAGAAUUCACCGGACCGCCUCUCCCAUACGCUGCCCUCAUAGACGAGCUGAAACCAGCUACUAGAUACACUAUUCGUGUAAUUGCUGAAGGUCCAGCUGGCAGAUCGGUGCCCUCUGCAGAGCUAGUCGUCAGAACCGAGCCACAAAGACCCGCCGGGCCACCGAUUAAUCUUACAGCGAGGGCUCUGUCCUCGUCUGAAAUCUUAAUCACUUGGUCGCCACCCGCGCUUGAACUGAGACACGGAGACAUCCAGGGAUUCAACGUUGGAUACAGAGAAACUAGCUCUGCGAAUCCCUCGUACAACUUCAGCUCCGUAUCUGGCGACGGGGACGAAGGGGGCGCGGAACUUCGUCUGGUAGGUCUUCGACCCUACACAAAGUACACUUUGGUAGUUCAAGCGUACAACCAGGUUGGGUCUGGGCCACUUUCGGAACCUUUGCUCACGCAGACGCUGGAAGACGUUCCUAGCGCGCCGCCGGAAGACGUGAGAUGCGCUGCGCUCACCUCGCAAUCUCUUCAAGUAUCGUGGCAGCCACCUCCUAACACGCACAGCAACGGUAUCAUACAAGGAUACAAACUACAUUACGAGCCGAUUUUGGCAGACGUUUGGCGCAGCGUCGAUGAAAUGGAGGUUCGCAAGACCAGCGCUCUGACCACCGUCCUCACGGGCCUGAGAAAGUUCACGAACUACACCAUUCAGGUGCUGGCUUUCACGAGAGUUGGGGACGGAGUUCCCACAACAGUAACUUACUGCCAAACCGAAGAAGAUGUGCCAGGCAGUCCAGCAGACAUAAAAGUAGUGGUUAGUUCGCCACAGGCGCUCUUCAUCUCUUGGCUCCCUCCUCUUGAACCCAACGGAGUCAUCACGAAAUACAAUCUAUACACCAGGGUCGUAGACGGUAGGGAGGAACUGAAUCACGGUAAAAGAACACUGCCAGCCACGAGCACCUAUUUCGAGGCGACUGAUUUACAGCAACACGUAGAGUAUCAAUUUUGGGUGACCGGUAGCACCCGCGUAGGCGAAGGUCAAAGUUCCAGAGUGGCUGCGCAAGUCCCGACGAAUCGCGUGCCAGCGAGAAUCACUUCUUUCGGGGGCCACGUAGUGAGACCUUGGCGAGGAUCCGCCACCCUGUCCUGCAACGCGGUUGGCGAUCCCACCAGAGAGUGGUACAAGGGAUCCACAGAACAAAUUCGUACGGAUACAACCAGAAACAUACAGAUACUGCCAUCGGGAGAGCUCGUCCUGUCGAAUCUACAGUCCCAAGAUGGCGGAAAUUACACUUGCCAAGUGGAGAACGCUCAGGGCAGCGACAAGUUGCAUUACACGUUAACUGUACAGGUACCGCCAAGUGCGCCCGUUCUUUACGUAACAAGUUCCACGUCGAGCAGCAUUUUGUUGCAUUGGAAGCCUGGGCAUAGCGGUGGUGCCCCACUCACGGGGUACACGUUACAUUAUCGAACGACUCAUGGUAACCUGGAGGAACUGCAACUGUCUCGACACGCCACUAGCCAUGAACUGAAGGGACUCCUCUGCGGAAAUACCUACCAACUCUACCUGACAUCCCACAACAAAAUUGGAAGCAGCCCAUCCUCGCCGGUCCUUUCGGUUAGAACUCAAGGCCAGGCGCCAGGCAUACCACCCGCAGCAGCAUUCCUCAGUCCCAACUCGACGACGUUGGUUCUUCGGCUUCACGUGUGGCCAGACAAUGGCUGCCCCAUCCGCUACUUCGUGAUCCAAUACAGGCCCAUAAACGAGUUCCACUGGACACUGGUGUCCAACAGCGUUAAAAUGCAGCGACGUUUCGUCGUGACGAAUCUGCAGCCGAGUUCCGUUUACCAGCUGAAGGUGGAGGCGCAUAACGUCGCUGGAACCAAUCAAGCGGAGUUCACGUUCGUCACGUUGACGAAGGAAGGCGAACCGCCACCCGCAGAACUAUCGAAACGUGGAAUUGCGUCGGCCACUCCGUUUUACGCGGACGUGAAGGUGAUUCUGCCUCUGAUCGUGGCCACAUUCGCGUUGCUCGUCGCUGUGUCCAUCGUUGCCUUCCGCUGGCGAAACAGGUACCUCGGGGACAGAGUCCAGCGCCCCAUGAAGGAGACCCAGGAGAAUCAACAGAACGCGGAGACCCAAAGGGAGCGUUACUACGCCACCAUUCACAAGGUGGCUUUACAGCAGGCUGCGAAUACGGGCGGAGGGCCCGACAAGAUUCCAGAGACAGCGGAGGACAUCUCGCCGUACGCUACGUUCCAGCUUUCGGAGGGUGGCGGGGGAAGCCUGGCAGGGUUGGGAGGGCUGGGAGGACUGGGAGGCGCGGCGGAAGCUUCAGCGGCAGGUCUCCAUCCGAACAACACGCUUCUGCACAGCUUCAUGUAUCACGAGCACGCCAUGACCGAAGGGUGUGCGAGCCCUCCACCUGCCGCGGCGGUACGUCACCAUGCAAAGAGCAUGAAGAGCGUUUCGUCGAGGAGACGGCAGCAGAGAAAGCAACAAACUCCGGGCGACGUCGAGAGCGACGAGAGCGAGUCUGACCCGGAUCAACUAACGAGCUCUCGCACGGAGUCUUCCAAUCAACUGGAUCCUGGCAAACUCAAACACAUUCGAGCCGUUUCCGACUUCAUUUAUCACGGUACGUCGAGCACUUCAUCGGACAUCUCACCCAUGUCAGAACAGAAGUCGCUUCCUCGAAGAGGACGAUCUAGAUGGCAUGUUCCCAGCAGAAGCUCGCUACGCACACUGUUACCACCGAUAUCGGUCGCGGAGACCACGUUCAUAGGUGGCAAUCAGGGGAACGUCGUGGCGGGGAACGGCGACCGUUCCGAUCGGCCGGAGCUCAGCGAGGCCGAGUGCGACAUCGACUCCUUGAAGAAGCUGAAACUCGGUCUGAGGAGCUCUCUCUGGUCAAGGCCGAGCACCCAAAAUAAUCCUUCCUCCGACUACUCAAUCGCCGUUUAAUUCGCCUUCCUCUUUCCCCUGUGCCUCACCUUGCACUUCCCGCGCGUCUCCAUGACGGGCCGAAAAAGAAAAGAAAAGAAAAUGAAAACGACCCCCUCCCCUCCUUCCCGCCCCGUGGUCCAAAACAAUUAGGUAAAUAAAUCCUUCUAUCUGGUGUCCCGUCGACGGUUUUCGACGUGGUUAGGUUAAAUUGGAAGAAAAGGAAAUAAUAAUAAAUAAUAAUAACGAUGAAAGAAGAACGGGACGGGCAACGAGCACGCGCUCGUCCGUUCAACCUUUUUUUCUCUGUCGAUUAUAGGUGAAAAUUAAAUUAUAUUCGUUGCUGGGAAAUCGGUGAAUCGUUCGCGGAUAACGAGGAGUCGUCGAGAGUAUCGUAUCGUUUGUGUAGCAUGGAGAAGGAAGAAUCAGUCCUGGGUUAAAUAGAAUUUGAAUAGUAUUGAGUUGCAGUAAAAGAAGAAAUUGUUGGACAAACAUAAAUCACUGUUGCAUCGAUGACGUGAAACUAUUUAUUUCGAUUCUGAUAGAAGACAAUGUGGAACAAAACUGACCUGCUCUUGAUUAAACUAUUAUACAGGGUGUUGAGACAUGAAAAAAAUGAAGUUUAUUUAUAAACACUUUGUUACGAUAUUAUGGGCAAAUAUUGAACGUAGCCUGUAUAUUGCGUUUACUUUGUCUGUACGAGAUAUUUCUUAACGUACGAGGAUCGUCAAGAAUUUUUCAAACUGACCACCUGUUGCAUUCAUACAAACUUGACACCGAUGUAAUAUAGAAUUACUUUCUGAAUUUCUUGAGGAUUUUGCUGCAUUUCAGCAACUGAAUUAAUAAUUCGUUGAAUUAAUACCUCGCGUGUAUUUACUGCUGUACACCUUCUGUUCUAGCGUUCCCCAUAACGUGAAAUUACACUAAAUAUUUGCUUAUAAUAUCGUAACAAAUCGUUUAUAAACAAACUUCGUACAACAUUUUAUUCUUAUUUUCACUCGUAGAUCAUGCUUCUUUAAUCUUGCCGAAAAGGUACGAAACACCCUGUAUGAACAAUAAUUGUACCAUGUGUUUUAUAAAAACUCACGACACCCGGUAAGCCUAUAACUGCAAAGGCAUCCGAUCCAAGAGGAUUACAAACUUUCUCCCAAGGCUGAUCUUUCGUUCUCCCUUUUACACAAGCGAUGGUCCCGACUCCUCUUCUUUAUCCUUGACGUAACGAGAUAUUACAACCGUGCGUGCGUGGACAUGACGAGUGAAUGGUCCGAGGUUGAAUGAGUUUGAUCGCGUGUAGGAGUGCGUGCCAAACGACAAUUUGCUCAGACCGCUGCGACUCGUUUGCCGGCGGGCGACCCAUUCGAGACCAAAGACUUAAUCGUACGUACAGAGCACGGGAAAGUCCUUCGAGCACCAGGAGGUCGUGGAGAACGACGCCGUCUCGAAUUUCGUGGUAUAUCACGUUCAAAUUGAAAGGGAUGUUCGGAAUUCCCUUCGAGCGUCGUCUAAUGAACGCUUUUUAUACUUCAAAAAACUUGGGAACAAACCGUGUAGUAUGUGGCAAAUUAUAGGAUGACACCUUUGCUACUUAAUAAUCUCAAGCUGCUUACAAAUUUGACUUUUUGUUUUGAAGUCAUCUUCCUGACUUAUAAAAGUUACAAUUAAAUUUUUAAAUCAACUCGUAAAAAGAUUUCGUUCGAAUUUGGUACAUGAAAAUAUGUAAAUAUACCUUUCACACAAGGGACAAAUCUCUUGAGGGGAAAAGCCAUCGCUUGAACGCUUCUAAACUUUAUUUUAAAUUUUAAAGAAAUUUUAUUUAAAAAAUCUGAAUAAAAAUUAUAUUUUCAUUAUUCAAUAUAUGUGUAACGAACCCUAGUAAACGGAUCUUCUAUCGAGUCAAUUGUUUUCGAAUAAAAAAUGAUUGAAUAUAGCUCUUUACGCGUUCAAGAUGGCUUCAACCCUCAAAAGGGUUGAAGCUUUGAUAAAUGGAGGUAUUGUAAUCGUUAAUUAUAGAGAAAUCUAUGCUAACAGCGAAACAAUAGGAGAAUAUAAAACUCGAUCGGGAAAUCGUUCGUUCGAAGUUGGUGAGGUUUAUCAUUGCGUAAUUAAUUGCCGCGGGUCGAGCAAUUUAACACUGCUAGGCGCGUACUGACUGGCAGCCGUUUAUUUUGGUCACGCUGGCCUACACGAUUCGUUCAUCGAUUCUAGACAAGUCAAUCGUUAUUUUUUGCAACAGCGUUCCGUUGCUCGCUUUCAAUGAGUUCGCGUUAUCGACUAAUCUCUCGUUGCGACGUGAUGUAACUUCGGAACUACUGUUCUUAAGCAAUAUUUCAUUUUGCAAGAGUCACGGUUGAAGAACACGGUACACGAUUCGAGAAAUAAAAUUUAUUUACAUGUAUAGAUAGUAUCGCGAUGUUUAUACGUCUCACGAAUUAUUUAGAGUAUGCGCCAAAUACCUGUACCGAAUAUUCAUUUCUUCUUUUCUAUUUAAAAUAAUUCAAUUAUGUAUAAGAACUUGAAUCUCUGCCAUCGAAUUUUUAAAAUAUUGGAGAUUCGUCUAUUUUUCUAUUUAAAUGCAAGAAUAAUUGAAUUCAACACUUUUCUAUUCAGUAACAUUAAAAUUCUAGAGCUUAUAUCAUUUUUGACGAAGUUUGUGAUCGCAGUCAGAUAAAAGACAGUUCAUCUACUGAAAUAUUCACUCGAUAUUAGGAGAACCGAAAAGUAACCAAAAUUUGUCUUCUACUGGCGAGAAACAUUUAAAGAAAUCUUAAAUAAUAUUUACAUAUUUAGUUCGAUUCCCUUUUUAAAAAAGUCCUUCGAUUUUUCAUUGAAAAACAUUUCCAAGCCGAAGACAUCUUGAUUACUUUUCGCUCCCCCUAAUAUAAAAACCUGCAACUAUCGAAUGAACGUAUAUAUUUUUUCUCACGUCGAAGAAUCACAGCAGACUCAGAAGACGCUUUUAGCGAACGAGAGGAUCGUCCUUUCGAUUCUCAAAGACUGAUUUUUCUUGCUCUCCGUUUGAUCACGUCUUCAAGAGCCAAUGAUUUCGCCAAGCGAAUCGACGACGUCGUUCUGCUACUCGCAUAACCGUGCUCACCUGUGUCCAGUGCGUGCAUGGUAUUAGAAUCGGGAUGAGUGUGCGAGACCGUGAGCUGAUUUGGCAGUAUACACAGCUGUUUGGAGUAUUCGUGGAAUAUUAGAACACGAUUAUCAGAACGCGACGUUCGUCACAGAGACGAAUCGUCGCGAGGGUUGGGCUCUGUUGCAUUGUAAAGUUUAUACGUACGUCUAACACCGUUGAUUAUUUUAAGUCCGUUAUUAAUCCUAAGGCGUCUCUGGCAAGGGAAGUCCCGAACCUGCUCCUCUUCUUCCUUAAACUUUUCAUUCGGGAUGGUAAAUUGGGGUCCUUGUUACGCGUAAAAUAUUGAGAGUAAUUUCUUUUCAUUUUUAUGUGGUAAUACUACUUAAACUUCAACUUUAGACAUUUUGCAAAUUUAAGUACAUAUUCUUGAAGCACAUAUUUUUGAAGUAUAAGUGAAUUGGAAAGUCAUGUAAAAAUCGUUGAAAAUUUUAUAAUAGAACUAAUUCUUUGUAUUUUCCAUUGUUUUUGAAUCGCACUGAAAUAAUUGUUGAACACGUCCUCAAUUAUUGUUGAAAUUUGAACUGUUGAUAACUCGGACGUAGGAGUAAACUGUCAUCUUGAAGAAGUGGAUAAAAAUCCAGAGGGGAGAGGGAGGAUGUCAGGGUCGGUUCUUUUCUUACCAACAAGAGAUUAUUUCUGUGCGGAGUGACGCGAAGUACGAUCGGCCGUCGCGCGCUCCUCUUAGUCCAGUCUCUUUAGGUUUGAUUACGAAAAUAUUUUUAUCGAGCUGAAUCUUUGUACCUACUUCAAUUUAAACGUUACGAAUGAUAAAGAAACAAUUCCACUGAAUUUUUUAUAAUUCUCGAGAGGUCUAAGAAUUAUUAUUUUGUCGAAAAAAUUAUUGCAUUCGCUGCAAGAAUAGUUCUUACGCAAAUAAAAAUAAAGAGAUUUUCUAUAAAAAAAAAAAGGUGUAUGAAAGGAAACUUUACAUUUAGUUAUAACAAUUUUUACGAGAAGCCCAUUAAUUUUGAAAAAUAUCCACGUAACAUGGACUCGUUACACCUGUCGAGCCUGUAAGGAAUAUCUGCGCAACUAUAAUCGUGGAAUUUUUGACACGCGACUUACAACGACUUAACGAAAGUAUAUGCGAGAGUCGGCUCGAUAAAAAUGUUUCCCGGGUCCUGUGUAUUUUAGUCUGGAGCGGCUGGACUAAUUCCCACUCUGUACAUUUCUUCCGUGCCGACGAAACGCUAGUCUAACGUCGAAGGCGUCUCUUUCGACGACAGGUUUACCGUUUAAACCGCGUCCCCCUUCGAAUGUCGCGCACUUUUAACUUAAGGCUCGCCAACUAUUUCUAAAUCUAAGCGCACGUACCUCCGCUUCGGCGUCGUUCAGCGCGCUGAAGACGAUCGCGCCGAACGCUUCACGAGGCGCGCGUUAAUCGCCGUGAUAGUUGUUUCCAAUUAAAUCGUUGAAAUCGUAUCUCGCAGAUUAAGACUGCGAUCAUUGAAAGUUUAUUCUCACGUGCGGAAUGAGUCACCAGGAGCCAAACGGACCACUCCAGAUACCUCUUGGAUUCGAAGAUGUUACGAAAAUGGUGAGUGACAGAAGCUGGAUGAACGGUUCCCAUCUCUGCGCUCCUUUGGGGACAUUUUUUCAUUUUUCUAUCCGUGACGUUAUAUUAUAAUUACGACAGCUGUGCUUAGCUUUAUACAUAUUUUCCGAAGUAAUUAGUUCAACUUUUUGAGACGAAUUUUUGAUUAACGUAUUCCUGAAGCUUUUUAGAGGACUUUACAUGUACUUAGCUUCGUAUCGUGUCAGAGCGAAAUAAAAGUUUGAAAAGUUUGUAUCGUGUAGCAUUGAGAGUGUUAGAAAAUUACUGAACAAAAGUUCGUUACCUUUUGGGGCUGAAUUUUUUAGGAUAUACAAUAAGGUUACUCGAUGGAUUUUUCGUGUAAUAUUGGUAGAUUUGUAGUGUUUAGUAUAUUGAAAAAUAUCGAUGUGCUAUGACUGCGCUUGCUACUAAAACUGAUAACAAAAUAAUAUGUUCCUACGGAUAUUCUUCCAUAUACUCCGAUUUUAUUAAAAAUUUCAACUUUAGUAUUAAAAACAAUAUAGAAUGACUGAGGGAAAUGAAAUGUACACUUUUAAGACUUCGUCCCUUGAUUCUAACUGAAGUUUAAGAUCGUGAGAUCCUUAAUGAAAGAAGAAAAUAAAGCGUACAUUUAAUUACACUUAAUUCUAACUCUUUGAAGUUCAAGAUCACGGUACACGAUCGUACAUUUUUUUAAGAAUAUCUAUGAGAAAGAAGCGUGUACUAAAAGAACCGUAAUAACUACGAAACAACUUACUCUUGAGAAAAAUGAUGUUAAUAAUAACUAUGUAAAUCGUGUUUCGAUAUAACUACACCGUCUUCGAACCCAAACCUUUGGUUUCUGGUGGCCCAUCUCGCGCGAUUUCGAAUCCAUGGGAUUCCAGCUCGCAAUCGAAGCACGUAAUCGAUCUCGUCGGACUCGAGAAAUCGAAAAGAACAAACGAACAGUCCGAGCGACCCGCAACGAAUUCGAACGUUCCCUCAGACUGAGAUGAAAGUAAAAAUAAACAUCGGUUAGCCUCUAAGCGCGUAUCUGUAUCACGUUCCCGCCAAAGAUGGGCAAAUUCCUUAACUAGAUAAAAACAACGUGCAAAAAUUACGAACUGAAGGGUUUCCCGAAAGAGAAUAAAGAAUUUUGUUUUUUUUUUUUAAUAAAACACACAUGGUUAGAUGUACGUUUGAUUAAUUUUACGUGAAAGUGCAAAGAUUCCGUUUAAGAAAAAUAAAACGAACAAAAUUUUGCCCAUCUCUGGUUCCCAAGACUUCCACGACACUGCCAUUCCGCAGAUUACUCGAAAGUGCCAAAAAAUAUCCGCGGCCAACUUCCUGUUUCCGGUAACAAUAAUUUUACGAAAUCUCCUAUCGACCGUAGGCUUAGAAGCGUUUUUUCGAUGUAUUUUACGAAAUCCGUGCUCGACGACGAAUCGUGGCAAUUCGAGAACGAUUAUCGACGACUUUAUUUUCGCGUUGUUUUCAGUGAUUCGAACAGCUAAGUUCCCGGAAGUGUGCGCGACACUGCGAAGACUAUGGCAUAGAUAUACGUAUAUAUAAAUUUAUAUAAAUAUAUAUAUAUAGAUAUAUAUAUAUAUGUACUUAAAGCGCGUGUAAGCGCAUACAUAUGAUACAUACAUGAGUGUAUAUACGAGAAAGCACGUCAAUCAAACUCGUAGAGUUCGAUUAUGAUUCGUUAGAUCCUGUGCGGGAAGCGGGUAUCGUUUAUCGGACGACAACAUUUUUGUACAUUUUUUCUUAGGUCACCGACCGACUGACGUCCGCUGAACAAGGACUGCGUACAUUUAACCAGGUUCUUUCGAUAUCCGAUUGUUUUCCGAUUCUGGGAAUCCCUGGAUCCCUGACGAGAUAUCCGCGCGGAUAGUUGUAUCGUUAGAAAGAAAUUUCACCCAGACGACGAACGCUUGCGUCGAUUUAUUUGCAAAUUUUGCGUAUUUACAAGCUUGUGCAGGGCGUGCGCGUUCAGCUCCAUAUAUUUAUCAUCAGUUUGUAACUAGUUUGCAAAAUCGUUUGGUAACUUGAAGUGGAUCUAAGUUGGCAUUAACGAAGCUUAGAGUUUUUACUGUACAUCGUUUAGUCUAUUCUCUCAUUUUCUUCCUUUUCUUUUCUCGUUAAGGCUACUUUUCGUCCUUUUGACGAGCAACAUAACAGCAAUAAAAUUUAAUGAAAAAUGUUUGUCUUUGAAAAAAUCAAGGUUAAAAUGAAUUUUAUGCCGAAUUUAUUGUGCAGAAAUCAAAUCUUUGCAAACGUACUUACAAAAAUUGAACCUAAAUAGGAAUUUAUUUUACUCCGCACAUAUGACAAUAUGAAUUUUCUUUCACUAUUUCUUUAUAUUAUUGUAUACUGUGUGCAAUUUGCAAUUUCUUGCACAUUCAAAUUUUUUAUAAAUGCAUAUAAAUCCGCAGUCUAGGGAUCACUGAUCUGGAAGUGUGGAUUCACCUCUGAAGAUCGUGGUAAAUCUUUUAUAAAUAUACAUGGCGAUACUUGUAAAGUGUUGUUGUGACUACAUUUCAUCGUGUAUAAUUACACACGUGUAACUGUGAAGACAUGAAACAGUUCAAGCUUGAAGACACUGUGUUCCACUUGAAGAAAGACGUUAUAUGAGGGGAAGAUUGUUUUGUAUAUGGAAGACAUGAAGGAUAUUUGUAAAUUGAAUAAUUUUAAGUAAGCAGAACAAUGGGAGAGUUCUAACUGCGACGUUAAGCGUUCGUCGAGUUUGUCGUUAACUUUCGUUUAGUUAUAUGUCAUCGACAUACGUUGCUCGGUGCCGAACAGGAGCCAGGGAUUCCUCGGACACAUGUGACCCUACUGCCAAUAAUUUUCUCUGCGUUCAUCGUUGGAUCAAACGAUCUCCUCGCGAUGCUGCGAACAGCGUUACGUUUUAAUUAAAGCAGUGACGUAACUUGGACCACCUCGAAAUACACUUAACGCGUUGUACUACACCCGCGUUCACGUAAUCAUGCGCAACGGAAAGAUAUCAGAAGCCAAAUGAUACGACUUAGAGGUGAAUUAACGAUUCGAACCAUUCGAAAUCCAGAAAAAAAUAGAGAAAGGCUUAAAAGUCUCAAAGUACACUGGUGUAAUACAUAGUGAUGCGAAAUGGGGGUGCAUGCAUACUAAAUAAACGAACAAACGAGGUCUGAAAGUCGAUCGUUGUGCUCUGUGUUACUUGUCACUUGGAUCCUUUAUGAAUAUUUAUACAAUUUCAUUAAUAUCUGCUUGCAAGAAAAUCUUUGGUGAAUUAUUAGGGUGAACCAAAAGUUCGUGCAAUUUUUUUAAGACAAAAUUACUUUAUAUGCAAGUGUUACGUAUCAUUUUGUAGCAUUUGAAAAGCUCUUUCAUCUUUAAAUAUUAGAUACAUUACUUUACGUAUCGUUUAAUUUUUUUUUCGUGUUAGUAAAAUUAUGGAAGAUUUUGAGAUUCGAGUACGUUUGUGUCGCUACCGGAAGCAAGAGAUUGAAGCUACUGAAGCAGGAAAAAAGAAAUAUUAUAUCGAGUAGCUUUAAGCUCUUGGUUCCAGUAAUGACGUAAAAGUACUCGAAUUUCAAAACUUUCCAUGAUUUUACUAAAACGGAAAAAAAUUAAACGAUAAAUAAAUUAACGUAGCUACUAAUUAAAUAUGAUAAGAGCUUUUCAAAUGCUACAAAAUAAUAUAUAACAUUUGCAUAUAAAGUAAUUUUAAUGACUUUAACAAAUUGCACAAACUGAAACAACGUAAAAAUGGUGCACGUUUCUAAUCGACGGACUCGAAGUUACGUCGCCGGUUUGUUCGCGUUCGCGAGGGGACGAAGGCGUGGGGAGUGAGCAAAUCAAACGAACAAUUAUUAUUGUAACUGCUACUAGCAUCGUUGUAAAAAAUGAAGAAAGAGAAAUCAUGGCGCGAAUGUCGAGGGUGUGCCUGCGUAUCGAGAUUCUACACUGUGGCGUGGCCGUGUCCGCUAUUAAACGUCGAGAAUCGUAAAUUUCCUCCGUGUUUCGCGCGAUCGCGUAGCAAACGAGGCGACACGGCCAUCUUGCCACAGCUGAAAACUGUAUUAAGUCGGUGGUGUGGCGUUUCGAAGCAUUGUGUCGAUCGUAGAAUCGAUCAAAUAAAUUGAUAUCCUGUAAAGUACUAUAAAACAA